AGCCCUGCACCAUGCCCCAGAACGUUAUUCUCCCUGGACCCGCGCCCUGGGGUUUCAGGCUCUCGGGAGGAAUAGAUUUUAACCAGCCCUUAAUCAUCACCAGGAUUACACCUGGAGGCAAGGCUUCAGCUGCCAAUCUGUGCCCUGGUGACACUAUUGUGGCAAUUGAUGGCCAAAGCACAGAAAACAUGACACAUAAUGAUGCCCAAGAGAAAAUUAAAGCAGCCGUUCAUCAGCUGUGUUUGAAAAUCGAGAGGACAGAAACUAAAUUAUGGUCUCCACAAGUGUCAGAAGAUGGCAAAGCACACCCCUUCAAGAUAAACUUGGAAGCUGAACCACAGGAUACGAACUACUUUGAACACAAGCAUAACAUUCGGCCCAAACCUUUCAUAGUCUCAGGCCGAAGCAGUGGAUGCAGCACUCCUUCGGGGAUUGACUGCGGCAGUGGACGCAGCACUCCCUCCUCCAUUAGCACUGUUAGCUCCAUCUGCCCCACGGAGCUGAAAGCAGUAUCUAGGAUGGCCCCUAACAUUCCCCUGGAAAUGGAACUUCCCGGUGUCAAGAUUGUACAUGCCCAGUUUAACACACCUCUGCAGUUGUACUCAGAUGACAAUAUCAUGGAAACACUGCAAGGCCAAGUUUCUACAGCUCUGGGGGAAACACCCAUAAUGAGUGACCCGGCUCCCACCUCAAUACCUCAGUCUGACGUGUACAGGAUGCUGCAUGCCAACCAGGAGGAGCCCAGUCAGCCUCGCCAGUCUGGCUCCUUUAAAGUGCUCCAGAAUUUAGUCUCCGAAGAAGAGGGACGUCCUAUGGGUACAAGAAGUGUGAAAGCACCUGUAACGAAGAUACCUACUGGUACAGCAAGUGUCCAGAAAGUGCCACUGUGUGACAAAUGUGGAAAUGGCAUUCUAGGGACGGUGGUGAAGGCCCGUGAUAAGUACCGACACCCAGAAUGUUUUGUGUGCUCUGACUGCAAUCUAAACCUGAAACAAAAGGGCUACUUCUUUGUGGAGGGACAACUAUACUGCGAAGCUCAUGCACGAGCUCGCAUGCGACCACCAGAGGGAUAUGAAGCAGUUACUGUUUACCCCAAAUGCUAGUCUUACAUUAGCACACAAAUAUAUGCAUGCACACAAAAAGUCAUUAACAGCUUAGAACAGCAAUACACUGUCAGGACUUCUGUCUGAAUCCAAAGUAAUAGCUUUAAAACCUUUUCUUACGGCAUUCAGAGCGAAAUGGAAGUCUAUUAACCAGCAGUAGUAUAAUUAUACCAGUAAGAUUCUGCUGAAGUAUUAUCUUUAGAGAUGACAAUAUAAUUCAAUGGAAUGUUAACAGAAAGAGCCCUGAUAACAGCUGUACUGGAUUAAAACACUGAAGCAGCUGAGGUCUUAAAUAGUUACUAUGGUACAUACAUAAGUAAUGAAGACAUUAUUUUUAACAUAAAUUAUGUAUCUGUGCAAACAUCACAGUCAUUAAAGGCCUCACUGUGUUACAGGCUGGGCCCUACCAAAUUAAGACACCUGACAGAUCAUUAGGAAAGCAGCUGUUUUGCCAGAAGAGAACGAAAAAAAGUUGGUUAUGUCUGCUUCAACCAUUUAUUAUUCAUUAUUAAUGUGCCAAACAUAGACUGUGCUUACCUUGCUUUGGAUGUGGAGUUUAUUUACUUAAUUUUCUGAUGCAAGAAAUGUAAUAAGGAAUUAAUUAAUGCAAUAAAAGGGCUAGUAUAAUAAAAACUUCUAGUAAAAAGCAAAAUAGAACUUCUAUGUUGUUUUAAUGAUUUGCAAAAUGCAAUGAAAUCAGCUUUCACUUCACUUAGCAGAAAGUUGUUGA